UAUGCCCCCCACCCCGUUUCCCACAUGCCCCUCUUUUACAUGAAUGUAAUAAAAACUAUGCAUUAUUAUAUUUCUCUUUUCCUAUUGUGCCUACAUGUGCCUAUUCCUACUGUGCCCCAAUAAUUAUUGUAGAUAGAGAAAUAGAUAUUUAAUAUUAUAAAUUGGGGAGUGGAAAUCUGUAGUAUUGCCCUAGUAACACCAUCUUAACUUGGCUUGAGGUCAAGAAAGCCUUUGAGUGACAUAACCCACGGAAAGCUGAAAGCUGACCAACCUCUGGUGGAAUUUGACCUUCUGGGGAGGACUACCAGUCGGGUAAAUGGUGGUAUCUCUGCCAUGAAACCAAUGCUAAAUCUGGAACUUUUUCUAAGGGUCAAGGAUAGCGGGGCAUGGUGGAAAGAGUUGCUUAAUACUGUCAAAUGUUUAAACCUUUGGUCUUUGAAGUCAAGGGUUGGGCUAAAUAAUCUUUAAUGUUUCCUCUUAGCCAUAGUAACGUAUGAGGCAGAGAUUUAAAAAAAAAAGUGCUUUAUAUGAAAGAAAAACCAGGUUUUGUGCCUCUUCUUACUGUUAAAAGUACAGGUAGAUAUUUCAUUGAUAUCAGGCUGAGUCUAUUCAUGUGGGCAUUUAAAAUACGAAUAUACAUGAGAUUAUUUUAUAUAUCCUAUUGUUAGACUACUUUGUUUUCAUUUGAAAUGUGUGAAACCUGUGAACAUGGGUUGUGCUGUAAGUUCAAUGACUGAUCCAUAUGAUUUUUUUUUAAACUAUUUUUUUAGAGCAGUUUUAGGUUCACAGCAAAGUUGAGAGGGAAGUACAGAGAUUUCCUGUAUAUUCCCUGCCCCCCAACUCAUGCAUAGCUUCCCCCAUUAUCAACAUCUCCCACCAGAGUGGUACAUUUGUUACAACUGAUGAACCUACAUUAUUAGGUUUCACUCUUGGCCGUGUACAUUCUGUAGGUUUGGAAAAAAUGUAUAAUGAUGUAUCCAUUAUUAUGGUAUAGAGUGUAUUAUCACUACCCUAAAAAUCCUCUGUCUAUUCGUUUCUCUCUACCCCUAACCGCCAGCAACUUCUAAUCUAUUUACUGUCUCCAUAGUUUUGCCUUUUCAAUAAAAUCAUAUAGUUGGAAUCAUACAGUCUGUAGCCUUUUCAGACUGCCUUCUUUCACUCAGUAAUACACAUUUAAGAUUCCUCCAUGUCUUUUCAUGGCUUGAUAGCUCAUUUCUUUUUAAGGCUGAAUAAUAUUCCAUUGUCUGGAUGUACCACAGUUUGUUUAUCCAUUCACUUACUGAAGGACAUCUUGGUUGCUUCCAAGUUUUGACCAUUCUAAAUAAAGCUGCUAUAAACGUGUGUUCAGGUUUUUGUGUGGACCUUAAGUUUUUUGAUUAUUUUCAUAAUUGGUUUCCUAGCAUUAUAUGGCACUGAGCUAGAUUGAAAAUCCAAACAAAUUAAUAAAAAUAACAGAGGUAAAUGAAUGAUUGGAGGAGGAGCUUAGAGUCCAAAUCAUGUGAUACAGUGGCAAGAACACUGAAGAACUGCAAUUCUUCAUCAUGGUGCUACUUCACAGAACUAUUUUCCCUUUCAACCUGUGACUAGGCUUUAUCCCUUAGUGGCACAGAGUCUGAAGAGUUAUCCAAAAUCCUUUUUUUUGCCAUUAUUUUUUCAUGCUUUCUUAUUUCCUCAGGUGUUCCUCUCAUUUAGUUAGAAGUUGGAGGAAGGAUGCUUCCUGUUUGAUUGACUGCUGGAGACCAGCUGGGACAAUAGAGAAAUUCUCUAGAGCAUUAGAAUAGCUUUUAUGGUCAAGAGAAGGACAAAUAAAGUAGCUAGUUAGGGAAACAGGAAACCUCAAACAAGGUGUUCUUUUGAGUUUUUACUGUAAGAGCCAGGAAAUUUCAUAUGGCUCAGUGGCAUAAAGGUGAGGCAUUAGGACAAAUAGCCAUGGAGGGGGGAACCUGGCCAGGUGAGGUUACUCCUCCUGAUAAGAGGAGUAAAGACCAUCUUUCCCUGGGAACUGGUGGUUAUUCUCGAAGCCUUCACUUUAGGCUGCGACAGGAAGAACAGCCUGCUGCUGUGAAAUGAUAAGCCAUUGAGGUUUGAAGGUGUGACUAGAAGCUGUGUGCUAAGCUUCUGGCUGACGAAGUUAAUAUCAUCAGGAAGGGACGGGUAAAAGGUGUGGUUUCCUAAAUGAAGAAUGCCUUUAAGCAGCCAGGAAGUAAAUGAAUGCUUUAUGUAUUCAUGUUGUGUAUGUGUUAUCUGUGUUUUGCACAAAGGUGAAUUCGGAAGACAAUGUACAAGAACAUUCAAAACAUUCUUCAAAUUAUUCAUCUUUCUGUUUUCUUAAGGAGUGGGUGUGAUAGAUGAAGUUUAGUGCUUCCAUUUUGUGCUUUGACCAAACGACAAUGCUAAGAGUUUCAGUUAGUCCUGUCUGAAGUUACUGCUGUUAUCUUCUGAUGCUGGUUUGUCUUCUCAUUUAAGAAGAAAUUUGCCUUUCCCAGAAAUCAGAGCUUAGUAAUAAAAAGAAACUAGAGCUUAGAGGGAGCAGCUACAUAAUUUGGCUUUCCCGUUAUUAAUCUCAUGAUGUCUCUCUACGAAACUAUGAAAACUCUAGAUUUUGUAGUCAGUUCUUACCUUUAACCACCUCGUUCAUCAAGGGCACAUGUAGGCCUCAUAUCUCUUCCAUGUGCUACAGUUAGAAUAACGAAUGGGACCGAUGUUCUCAUGGUAUGGAGUUUAUACAGAGGAAACAGACGACUAUGUAAGUGUAAAAAUAUGUUCUGCCCCUGUCUUAGCCUCCAUCAUGAGAGCUAUCCACCCUCUUUCCAGCUAUGAGCAUGUAAAACAAAAGAGAAAAAAAGCUCAACAUCACCAAUAUCUCCAUGGGGCGUAAGGUAUAAAAUAACCAGAUCUGAGGUCAUGGAAUGCCUUUUUCUAUAGAGGCAGUGGGAUGCUGCCAUGUUUCCCAGCUCCUAAAUUGUGUUAAUACGCACCGCCUUCCCCCCAACCCCCCCGGCCCCCCCGCCCACCCUCGCUUCCUUCUAAGCAUCUGCACUCCUAGCUCAGUGUGUCAGCAUUUCUGGAUUGCAGUCCUGGCUCUUUCACUCUUUAUAGACCCCUUGAAGAAAGAGAAAAAAAUGAAUAUUUACUUAUUUUUGAAGUCUGAGAAAUCCUAGCUGCAGUGCUAAUCUAAUUGAAUUCUUCCAGAUACAUAAAGUGAGUGACAUUCUUAUUGAACGUGUGAAGAAACAGGCUUGAAGAUUUGGAGUGACGAGUUCAAAUUUUUACAGCUAGAAAGGAUUUGAAUCUUGGACUUCAAAUAAUAGUAUUUAACAUUUAAUGAACAUUAGCAUUAGGUCUGGUUAGCGCUUUAUAUACCCUACAAUCUUGGGAAGCAAAAGCAAUAUUUUACUUUCGUCGAAUCUGAGGUUUAAAGAAGUGAAGUGACUUGCCUCAAGUAUUUCUGGUAUUUCAAGCCAGAUCUGUCCGGUUCUAGAGUUCAUGCUUGGUGGCAAGAGAUUAGUUGAAAAUCCAGGCUCUUCUGAAUCCAAAGCCCAUCUGUGCUCUAUGUAUUCAAUCAGGCCUGAUUUUAAACAUGGGUCAAGAAUUAGCAAUAAUGUGUUCUUUGGUAAGUCAAUUACCUUCUUAACAUUAGUUUCUUCAUUUGUAAGAGGGGGUGACCAUAAAUAGCUGUCAGCGUUGGGAGGUUUCAAUAUGGUUAUACACAGAGCAGUCCUCCAGCAAAUGAUGGCAUCUCUCUCUGCCACCUUUUGACAACCAUUACUACUUCUCCCACCCCUACUCCCUACGUUCUCUCAGCAGACUUCGUUCAUUCAUUUCUGGCAUUGGGAUUGAGGGCUCGGGAUCUUUCUGUUUUGAGAUUGACAAAGUCAAUCCAGGAUGAGGGUAAAGAGAGAAGAAAAUGCACAGCAGUCAGUGUUCCUGAAGUGUCCAGACUCCACUCAUGAAACUUUGUGCGACUGAAUUAAAUUAGUCUCUGGGAGGUAAUUCAGCUGACUGCCUGCCUGUGAUGACAAGUGGCAGACUCAAUGGUGAUUCUGAGAUUAAGAAUUGCAUCGGAGGAUAGGAGUGGGUCAGCUGACAGCCAGACAACAGGCAGCAUAACCUAGGGGGGUCCUAGUGGUCAGAACAUUCAGUAGACUGUGUUUGUAAAGUAGUUUGGAAGAGACGUGGGAGGUGAAGAAUGGGGAUGCCUUCUAAAGGGUGAUGGUUAGUUGUGGCUGGAGGUUGGUAAGGGAAGAAAAGAAUAAGCAAGGAAUGUGGUUAGAACCUGGUGAAAUAGGGCUGGGUUUGUCUGUGCAUAAUCAAUUUCACCUGUGUUUCCCACCUCACUCCUCUUCCCCCACAGGGUCUGGCUCAUAGAAACAGACUUAUAGAAAUGAAUUUCUUUUCACUGGAAGAUUAUAGGUCUUCAUGUGAGUCCUCCAAUGUAGAUUUCGAAUACUAUUCUGCAGAGUACCCAAGUGGUUGGUUGGUUGAAAAGGAGGAAGAUAUGGCUCAUGACCAGUUUUCCUUUCUCGUCAACAUCAGCUUUUAUCAUGCAAUUUCCUUUUAUCACUUUGGUCAAGAGGAGGGGCAGAAAAUUUUGAGUUGGAGUAUCAUUCAGAGACAGUUCAUUUCUGCCUUCCGUCUUUCAGCCACUCACGCACCCAAGGGAUCUGGGGUUGGAAAGGCCAACUUCUCUCACCUAAUUUUUGGGUCAGCUUUCUCUGCCUGCCUCACUGCAUGGCACAAAUACAGAGAUGAGUGAUCAAGAAGUGACUUAUUCUGUCCUGAGAUUUCUUCGGUCACCUUCGGAGUCACAAAACAGAUUAAGGCCUGGUAGUACUCAAAGCCCUGGCAAGACUGACAGAAAAGAGUCUUCAGUGCCCUGGUGUGGCAUUGCAGUGACUCUUGGGACCCUCUGUUUACUUCUAUUGGUGACAACCGCAGUGUUGGGGACAAAGAUUUUUCAGUAUAUUCAAGAAAAACAUCAACAGGAGGAAAUUCUACGGAACCUCAGUCAGAAGUACCAUGUUAUGCAAAAUGAGAGCUACUUAAAAGAACAACUUUUGAUAAAUAAGAAUUUAGAAUAUGAUAUGCUAAAAACUAAAAUCCUUCAGCAAGAAAAGGGACUGGACUUACCUGCUACAAAAAAGAAGGGAUGUCAUAAACAAGAGGAGACCUUUUCAAAGUUUUGGCGAAAUAUAGGCAAACUCAAUGAAGGCCACUGGUGCUGUCCAGGAGUAAACUGUUACUACUUUACCACUGAAAGUAAAGACUGGAAGGGAUGUAAACAGACUUGCCAAAGUUACAAUUCAUCUCUUCUGAAGAUAGAUGAUAAAGAGGAACUGAUCUUCCUUCAAUCCCAGACUUAUCGAAGUUCCUACUGGAUUGGUUUAUCAUUUAAUGAAAGGGAAAGUAAGUGGAAAUGGAUUGACAAUGGCAUAUCUUCUGGACUUAAUUUGGCAAUAAUGACUUCUUCUUCUGGGAGAGGAGAAUGUGCAUUUUUAACCUCAACAAGAAUAGCAAAUAUUGAUUGCUCUAACACCUAUAACUGUAUCUGUGAGAAGAGAAUUGAUUGCUUCAAAUAGACACUAAGGAGAAAAGGGACCACUGUGUAAAAGCAAGUCGUUAAGAACUGAGAGGCAUGUUAAGCUGAGGCUGAGAAUCUGAGAAGGUGCACAAGAUGUGUUCCGUACAACCGGGCUCCCGGAUUCUAGAAAUGACUGAGAAGGAUAUUUACACAGAGGUGAAAUCUCCCGACAAAAGGAAGAAAACACAGUCCAGAACUGCUGACAGGAAACAUGAUUAUGACCUUGCAUGAACGUGAGAAAAGAGAGGAAGCCCUUGAUGGGGUCACCCUGCCCUCACACAGGGAAAGGUACAUCACCCCGAGCCCUGCAGUAGAGUGAGCUCCUUGACGUUGAGACUUCCUGUGUGGUUUUGGCUCAAAUACCCGAGGCUUCCAUCUUGGGUGCUCUCUCUCACUCUGCCUCACUCACUUCGGGGGAAGCCAACUGCCAUGCUGUGAGCUGCCCUAUGGAGAGGCUCACAUGACAAGAAACUGAUGAAAACAAUGACGAGAAGAUGGCCUAUGUGAAGCUUGCACUUAUUGCUCCUAAUUCACAGACAGAUGAGAGACCUGAGAUAUCUAAAAGAGAAGCCCUCAGAAAUGAGCCAGGAGAAAGUGAUAUAUAUGGAGCCAAAAUUCCUGUAUUCAAAGAAACGGAAGGACAAAAGAUAUCAAACUCACAAAAGGAGAAAAGUAACCCAGGAUGGAUAUCAUCAAAAAAUCUACAAACAAUAAAUGCUGGAGAGGGUGUGGAGAAAAGGAAACCCUCCUACACUGUUGGUGGGAAUGUAAAUUGAUACAGCCACUACAGAGAACAGUAUGGAGGUUCCUUAAAAAACUAAAAAUAGAACUACCGGAUGGAAGUUUGCAUCAUGGUUGGCCCUUCUCAGUGUGUGACCUUGGACAGGACACUUCACCUUAGUUUCCUCAUCUGUAAUCUGGGGCUGUCACCUACCGAAGUGGCUGCGAAGAGCAGAUGGGACAAGACCAGUGGACAAGGCAGGCGAAGUCCUGGAAGGGCACCUGGAGCAGAGGAAGCAGUCCUCAGAGUUGGCUGUGCUCACUGCUGCCACCAAGCAGGAACUUCACAUCUGCAAAGGGAGGAGCCGUUCACCAGCCCCAUCACAUCAUCAACACCGUCACUGGCAUCAGCAACGCCAACAUCCCUAUGAUCACCAAAGACAUGGGCACUGCCACCAUCAACAACGAACCACAGUCUCCCCGUCACCACCAUGGCGCCAUUACCGUUGUUGAUGAACACUGCCACCAGCAUCAGUCACCGAUACCAGCAUCCCUGGUUUUCACACACGUGGUCACUGCUGCCAUCAACAAUCAAACCACCGUCAUUCCUGUCACCACCAUGGUCGCCAUCACCAUCAACACCUUGGUUGAACACCACCAUCAGCAGCAGUCACUGACACUAACAUCCCUGUGGUUAUCACACACACGGCCACCACUGACCACCCAGCCACAAGCACCUGUCACCACCACUGCUGCCAUUGUCAUCAACCCCACCGUCAUCACCAAGACCACCGCCAACCUCACCAGGUACAUCCCUGGACACGUUGUUUAACCUCUUAAUUUCUUCAUCUGCAAAACAGGGUGGCAGUAGUGCCUACUUCACAAGAUUGUUGUGAGAAUUAAGGGAGCUGAUAUGUAGAAAGUGCUCAGAAGAACAGUGUCUGGCACUUCAUAAGACUCAGUGUGUUAGUGUUAUUAUUACUCCUACCCUCACCACGUCCAGGAACACCGCCAUCCCCAGCCCCGUGGUCAAAACCAUCCUGUUGCCAUCAUCCCCGGGGUAGGCACCAUCAGCAUCACCACCCCGCCGCCGUCAUCGCUAUCCCCCAUCGGCACCAUCACCAGAGAGGCACACUGUGAGCGGAGGGGUCCCAUCCCCCAUUCUAGAGAGUGACAGGCGCUCCUUUGGUCCAUGCUCUGACCAAUCAAGAGGCUCUGGUACCCCAAGGAAAUUUUCUCAUGGGGCCGUGGACGUUCACUGCAACAAUAGUUACGGUGAUGGGGAGGUGGCCUGGAUGGCCAGGUGGUGGCUGCAUCCCCGGGAGUCCUGUGCAGUAGACAGAAGCAAUGGAGCAGACACAGUACUGAGCAAAUGGACGGACUUUUAAAAGCAUGGGGCUGAGUGGGACAAAAAACAAAAAAUAAAAUGAAAAGCAAAAAAGGGAGAUCCAGAAUGAGAUCUAUAAGCACUAUUUACAAUAGCCAGGACAUGGAAGCAACCUAAAUGUCCAUCAGCAGAGGAAUGGAUAAAGAAGACGUGUACGGCUUGAAGAUUUUCAGACAGAUUUUAAGUGCAAUAUACAAGGUACGAAAGACACAAAAGGAAGAAAUACUUCUGUACCGGAAGCUGAGGAUGGCUCAGUUUUACCACCUAGGACAGGCUCUGACACAUGUCAAGGAAAAUGGUCCUGCUGUGGAAAAAACUGUUACUAUUUUUCAAAAGAAGAGAAAAGUUGGAGUGAGAGUAAGAAGUCAUGCCAAGACCUGGGUUCUAAUCGCAUUAAGAUUGAUGACCGAAAGGAGCAGGUAUCCUUUGAUGAAGAGAAGUUCUAUGUUUAGAGCAGUCAUCUUUACCUAUGUAUUCUGUUAUACAUGGUGAUUUUUUUUUUAAAGUCCAUCACGUCCCUUCCUUUAUAUCUUUCAUCCAGACAUGAAGA